AUGUGCGGGGUCCAGGGUGUGAGUGAUUUGGUGAAGGAGAAAUGGGUGUUUGUGGGAAGAGUGCGGCGCGGAGAGGAGCCAAGUGGUGGUGAGGAAAACCAAAAUGAGUGUGACUAUGUGAGUGUGGGGAAAAAUGGGCUAGGGUUAAGGUGGCAGAGGAGGGGAAGGAGAUGGGAUUUUGGGGAUGAAGAUAGUUGCAAAAGGUGGUGUGGUGAGAAGGAGUAG